GGAAAAUAUUGAAUAUUUCCAGUGGAAAUCUUUUGAGUGCGGUUUAACAGAUCGCACCACGAUUGUAAUCUUCUAGUAACAAUAUAGUCAGAAAACAGUUAAUAUUUAUCUUUCCCAAUAUACACGCCGCUAUGUUGUUCUUCCUUGAUCGGUUAUCGAGCAACAUAAUCGCAAACACUGUUCGUUCCGACUCGAAAUCGCCCUGUACUUCGAAGAGGCUCGCGUUUCGGAGACAAUGGACGGAUUCUUGACACACGGAGGCAAUUUUUAUCCUUGAUUGAUCUCGAACGAGCCCACUCGAGACCGCUCGCGCGCAUUCUCUAUUCAACGUCUCCGGGCGGGAAAGAACGGAGCCGAUCGACGACGGAACAUGUCCUGCCGCGGCCGCGCGCUCUGGCCAGUAACGCUGAAGCCUGAAUAUUCAUCGACAGACACGUCUCGCUUGCGUAAAUUAGAUCCUAGGUAGACUGUACAUAUGAUACAACCUUAGUCAUAGAUGAUUCACUAGGCGUAGGAGGUUCGUGUAUGUGCAUCCAGCUGAGAGUACGAUCUUUCUUUCUGUAAUGUAAGUCGCUUUUAGAUAGUCUGGUUAGCCUAGGCGUAACGAUCGAUCUCUUCGGUCCGUCGGGAAUUCGACAGAAUCGAGGAAACAAAACGAUUCCAUUGAAAGAAAUUCGAAAUUUGGCAUGCACGCGAAUUAGGAUUACUAAAUCGACUCGCAACACUGAUUCGCUGCUAUCGAGAACCGAAUUCAUUAGAAUAUUCUGUGGCUGCAAGACAAACGAAAUUCAAUGUUUGCAUGAGGAAAGAAUCGUUUUCCAAAGAGCGUCCCUUACGAUCGCAGCAUGCGACCGCCGGCCAUUUUGUCUUGCAAUCGCGGACGCCGCGUUCUCGAGUUCGGUGAGCGUGUUCACCGAACAACGAUAAAAACAGAGAGUACCGAAGGUGUUUUUAACAAAAAAGGUUAGAGGGAAGGAAAUGUAAAAGGGAAAGAAAAGAAGCAGGUGGGCAUAGCACCUGGAAUUUCUAAUAAUCACUCUCCCGGGAGAAAUUCGGGUGAGAGGGAGCGGAAACGAGCAGGGAUCACGUGGACCUCCACCAGGUACGGUAUGACGACGAGGACGAGGACGAGGGUCCUCAGCCGGAUCCGAUGCUCGAGCAAGGAGCACCGAUCCCGGUCCGACUGCACAACGAAUUUCCACCCGAGCUGGCCUCCACACCUCUCGAGGAUAUCGAUAGUUUCUAUCAUAACCAAAGGACCUUCGUCGUCAUCAGCAAGGGAAAGGAUAUAUUCAGGUUCUCAGCGACAGACGCGAUGUGGAUCCUCGACCCGUUCAACCCGAUACGACGCGUGGCCAUUUACAUAUUGGUUCACCCCCUGUUCUCCCUCUUCAUUAUCACUACAAUAUUGGUUAACUGCAUACUCAUGAUCAUGCCCACUACGCCCACCAUCGAGUCUACGGAAGUGAUAUUUACGGGCAUCUACACAUUUGAGUCCGCCGUUAAGGUGAUGGCGAGGGGUUUCAUUCUGCAGCCUUUUACCUAUCUUAGAGAUGCAUGGAAUUGGCUCGACUUCGUAGUUAUAGCUUUAGCUUAUGUGACGAUGGGCAUAGAUCUAGGCAACCUUGCCGCUCUCAGGACAUUUCGAGUCCUCCGAGCCUUGAAGACUGUCGCUAUUGUACCAGGUCUGAAAACCAUUGUCGGCGCUGUGAUAGAAUCCGUGAAGAACCUGCGCGAUGUGAUAAUCCUGACGAUGUUCUCUCUUUCCGUCUUUGCGCUGAUGGGCCUCCAGAUUUACAUGGGGGUUCUCACGCAAAAGUGUAUAAAAAACUUUCCUGAGGACGGCUCCUGGGGUAAUCUCACCGACGAAAACUGGGAGCGAUUCGUUAGUAACGAAACUAAUUGGUACGUGGACGAGGCGAAAAAUAUGCCCUUGUGUGGAAAUUCAUCUGGAGCAGGGCAGUGCCUUCCUGGCUACACGUGUUUACAAGGAUACGGCGACAAUCCGAAUUACGGUUACACGAGUUUCGACACCUUCGGCUGGGCCUUACUCUCCGCUUUCCGUCUGAUGACUCAAGACUACUGGGAGAACUUGUAUCAGUUGGUACUAAGAUCGGCCGGACCGUGGCACAUGUUGUUCUUCAUCGUGAUCAUUUUUCUUGGCUCAUUUUAUCUUGUCAACUUGAUUCUCGCCAUUGUCGCGAUGUCCUACGACGAGUUGCAAAAGAAAGCUGAGGAAGAAGAGGCUGCCGAAGAGGAAGCUAUAAGGGAAGCCGAAGAGGCAGCUCUGGCGAAAGAGAACAGGCUAGCGGCGCAAGCGGCAGCUAGGGAGGCGGCAGCCGCUGCCUCCCACGCCGCGGACCAGAUCGUCAAGUCGCCGUCGAAUUUCUCAUGCCAGAGCUACGAGCUCUUCGUCGGCCAGGAGCGAGGGAACGACGACAACAACAAGGAGAGGAUGAGCAUACGUUCGAUCGAGUCCGAUAGGGUGAAACAGAUCAACAACCACACGACCACCACUAAAGUACGAAAAGUCAGCGCCGUCUCUCGCGCCGCUAAUGGCCAGUUUACUUAUGCCUACCAGGAAAGCCCGCGGAAGGUACGUGUGUCACGACCGUGUCCGUCACCGGCGAGCGCGAGCCUUAGCCUGCCCGGCUCACCGUUCAAUCUACGCCGAAGCAGCCGCGGCAGCCAUCAGUUCGCUAUUAGGAAUGGCCGCGGCCGUUUCGUGACGCCGCCCGGCGGCGACCGGAAGCCGCUGGUGCUGUCGACGUUCCUCGACGCGCAGGAACACCUGCCGUACGCGGACGACUCGAACGCGGUCACGCCGAUGUCCGAGGAGAACGGUAUCAUCGUGGUGUCCGGUUACUAUGCGAAUCUUGGCUCUAGGCACUCGUCGUACACCUCGCACACCUCGCGGUUCUCGUACACGUCCCACGGCGACCUGAUCGGCGGGCUGGCGAACGCCGGCAAACCGAUGACCAAGGAGAGCCAGCUGAGGAUCAGAUCGGUCAGGCCGCCCUCCGUCAAUGGACACUUCACGGACUCCAAUCAGAAGUACCAUUAUGAGGGUGAUCUGGACGAUCCCAUGGGCAAGGCGAAGCAACAAGACAAUCCGUUUAUAGAGCCUUCUCAACAACACGCCGUGGUCGACAUGAAAGACGUGAUGGUGCUGAACGAUAUUAUAGAGCAAGCCGCGGGCCGCCAAAGCCGUACUCCCGAGCAAGGAGCUUCGACCUAUUACUUUCCGACAGACGACGAUGAAGAAGGGCCCACAUUCAAGGACAAACUGUUGGCCGCGGUGCUGCGUUGCAUCGAUAUCUUUUGCGUGUGGGACUGCUGCUGGUUGUGGCUUGAGUUUCAAAAAUACGUGUCUCUUUUGGUGUUCGAUCCAUUCGUAGAGCUUUUCAUCACCCUUUGUAUCGUCGUCAACACACUUUUCAUGGCGUUGGAUCAUCACGACAUGGACAAGGACAUGGAACGGGUGCUCAAGACCGGAAAUUACUUCUUCACGGCUACAUUCGGUAUCGAAGCAACGCUGAAGCUAAUCGCAAUGAGUCCCAAGUACUACUUUCAAGAAGGAUGGAAUAUUUUCGAUUUUAUCAUCGUCGCUCUCUCGCUGCUGGAGUUAGGCUUAGAAGGUGUGCAAGGUCUUUCCGUGUUACGAUCGUUCAGAUUACUAAGAGUGUUCAAACUAGCGAAAUCGUGGCCUACGUUGAAUCUGCUGAUCUCCAUCAUGGGCAGAACGGUGGGCGCGUUGGGUAAUCUGACGUUCGUGUUGUGCAUCAUCAUUUUCAUAUUCGCCGUGAUGGGUAUGCAGCUGUUCGGCAAGAAUUACACGGAUAACGUGGAUCGUUUCCCGGACGGCGAUCUACCGAGAUGGAAUUUCACCGAUUUCAUGCACUCGUUCAUGAUCGUUUUUCGCGUGUUGUGCGGAGAAUGGAUCGAGUCUAUGUGGGACUGUAUGCUUGUGGGCGAUGUCUCUUGCAUACCAUUCUUCCUGGCCACGGUCGUCAUCGGUAAUUUGGUUGUGCUGAAUCUUUUCUUGGCCUUGUUGCUGAGCAACUUCGGCUCGUCGAAUCUUUCGGCGCCGACCGCGGACAACGAUACGAACAAGAUCACAGAGGCGAUCGAUCGAAUAGCACGUUUCGUUAAGUGGAUCAAGCGAAACGUCCUAUUUCUGGCUAAAAUGAUGCGAGCCAAACUCACCAAUCAGAUAUCCGAUCAGGCGCCAGGUGAGGGACCGUCCAACAGUUGGAAAGAAGAUGGAAUUGAUCGCGAUGGGAACCUAGAUCUUGCAGAUGGCGAGCUCGACGCGUAUAGAGAUAAAAAGAGCCCCAAGGAGCUAAACCAACUCGAAGUUGCGAUUGGGGACGGAAUGGAAUUCACGAUUCAUGGAGAUGUAAGGAAUAAGUUGAAGAGUGGCAGACUGUGCAUGAACAACAGCAAAAUUAUAGGCAACUCGAUUAAUCACCGUGACUACAGGCUGGACCAUGAUUACAUUAAUCAGAACGAGGAUGACACGAUCAGUAUCAAGUCGUAUGGCAGCCACAAGAACAUGGCGUUCAAGGACGAAAGUCACAAGAGUAGCAUGGAUUCAUUGGACGGAGAAGAGAAAAAAGAUGCUAGCAAAGAGGACCUGGAGCAAGAGGAUGACCUUGGGAAAGAAGGAGACGAAGAGGGCGCGGCAGACGACGCCAUUAUUCACGCAGACGAGGAUCCAAUCGAAUCCGAUUAUCCAGCUGAUUGUUGCCCAGAAAAUUGUUACAAAAAGUUUCCAUUUCUGGCCGGUGACGACGACGCGCCGUUCUGGCAGGGUUGGGCGAACUUGAGACUGAAGACCUUCCAACUAAUUGAGAACAAGUAUUUUGAGACUGCCGUCAUUUUGAUGAUUCUUUUGAGUAGUUUGGCUCUCGCCUUGGAAGAUGUGCAUCUUCAAUCACGACCCAUUCUGCAAGAUAUCUUGUAUUACAUGGACCGAAUCUUCACUGUGAUUUUCUUCCUCGAAAUGUUAAUUAAAUGGUUGGCUCUCGGCUUUAAGAAGUACUUCACGAACGCUUGGUGCUGGCUUGAUUUCAUCAUUGUUAUGGUGUCACUCAUUAACUUCGUAGCGUCGCUCUGUGGCGCUGGCGGGAUCCAAGCCUUCAAAACAAUGAGGACCCUAAGGGCCCUAAGGCCACUCAGGGCGAUGUCUAGAAUGCAGGGAAUGCGGGUAGUCGUCAACGCCUUGGUUCAAGCCAUUCCAUCCAUUUUCAACGUGUUACUGGUGUGUCUUAUCUUCUGGCUGAUCUUCGCCAUUAUGGGUGUACAGCUUUUCGCCGGCAAAUACUUCAAGUGUGUAGACGCAAACAAAACAACGUUGAGCUACGAAAUAAUUCCCGAUCGAAACGCUUGUAUAGCCGAGAACUACACUUGGGAAAAUUCUCCAAUGAAUUUCGACCACGUAGGGAAAGCGUAUCUGUGUUUGUUCCAAGUGGCCACGUUCAAGGGUUGGAUUCAAAUAAUGAACGACGCUAUCGAUUCUAGGGAGCUCAACAAACAACCAAUUCGUGAAACGAACAUCUACAUGUAUUUCUAUUUUGUAUUCUUCAUUAUAUUCGGAUCGUUUUUUACCCUUAAUCUAUUCAUUGGAGUUAUCAUCGACAACUUUAACGAGCAAAAGAAAAAGGCCGGAGGGUCGCUAGAGAUGUUCAUGACGGAAGAUCAGAAGAAAUAUUACAACGCCAUGAAGAAAAUGGGCAGCAAGAAGCCUCUUAAAGCUAUACCACGCCCGAGAUGGAGACCGCAGGCGAUAGUGUUUGAAAUAGUGACGGACAAAAAGUUCGAUAUGAUAAUCAUGUUGUUUAUCGGACUGAACAUGUUAACGAUGACGUUGGACCAUUAUCAACAGACCCAGACUUUCAGCGAUGUUCUAGACUAUCUGAACAUGAUAUUCAUUGUGAUAUUCACCAGCGAGUGUCUCAUGAAGAUCUUCGCGCUGCGUUACCACUAUUUCAAGGAGCCGUGGAACCUCUUUGAUUUUGUUGUUGUUAUAUUGUCAAUAUUAGGUCUGGUACUCAGCGACAUUAUCGAGAAAUACUUCGUGUCGCCAACGUUGCUUCGUGUAGUGAGGGUGGCAAAAGUCGGUCGUGUGCUUCGACUCGUGAAAGGUGCCAAGGGUAUUCGAACGCUUCUCUUCGCCUUAGCGAUGUCGUUGCCAGCCCUCUUCAAUAUUUGCCUGUUACUCUUUUUGGUGAUGUUUAUCUUCGCGAUCUUCGGAAUGUCUUUCUUCAUGCACGUCAAGGAUAAAAGUGGACUGGACGAUGUGUACAAUUUCAAAACGUUUGGACAGUCGAUGAUAUUGCUAUUCCAGAUGUCCACAUCCGCCGGUUGGGACGGCGUGCUCGACGGCAUAAUAAACGAGGAAGACUGCCAGGAGCCGAACAACGAGAUAGGAUAUCCGGGUAACUGCGGUUCGUCAACGAUCGGGAUCGCCUAUCUUCUCUCGUACCUGGUGAUCAGCUUCUUGAUCGUGAUAAACAUGUACAUCGCCGUGAUCCUCGAGAACUACUCUCAAGCGACCGAGGACGUGCAAGAGGGGCUGACGGACGACGACUACGACAUGUACUACGAGAUCUGGCAGCAGUUCGACCCGGACGGUACACAGUACAUCAGAUACGACCAGUUGUCCGAGUUCCUCGACGUGUUAGAGCCGCCAUUGCAAAUACACAAGCCGAACAAGUACAAGAUCGUGUCGAUGGAUAUACCGAUCUGUAAAGGUGACCUGAUGUUCUGCGUGGAUAUCCUCGACGCCUUGACCAAGGACUUCUUCGCGCGUAAAGGUAACCCGAUAGAGGAGACGUCGGAGCUAGAGGUGCAGACGCGUCCGGGUGAGGCCGGUUACGAGCCAGUCUCCUCGACCCUCUGGCGUCAAAGGGAGGAGUAUUGCGCGCGCCUGAUACAGAACGCCUGGCGUAAGCACAAACAGCAACGCCUAGGCGGGCCCAGCGAGGAGAGCGACGACGCGGACACGGAUCCGCGCGUGCGGCAGACAGCGGUCCUAGUCGAAAGCGACGGUUUCGUAACAAAGAACGGGCACCGUGUAGUGAUACACAGCCAAUCGCCGAGCGUCACUUCGAAAACCGCGGACGUCUGAUCGGCGACGUUGACGCCCCAACCACCGCCACCGUCGUACCCAGCAGCAGCAACGUCGCCGUAAGCCAACAAAACACAAAACGGGACCGGCGGCGUCCGCGCUCGCAGCCACGACGAAGAACCCCGCUCCAUCGCCGAGCGACGACGAGCUUUUCUUUUUCAAAGAAGGACACGCUUCGAUCGUCGAUCCAGCCAACAGACAUGCCGUGAAUAAAAUAAGACGAAUCGAAGUAAGAACGGAAGUAACGGAAACAAAGAAAACCACCACCGCUCUCGGGGAGCGGGCAGCGGCCUCGCGGACCCCACGCGCAAACUCGCGCGCGCGCGCGCGCUCUCCAUCGACAGCCUUAUAGUUGUAUAAAGAAAGAAUCGAAAGAGAGUAUACAUACAGAAUACACACACGAUUACACACGAAUAUAUACAUACGAUACCUACAUUCCUCCAACGAGUUGCCUUUAAAUCGACUCUGAUACGAUAAACGCGCCACGAACGUCGGGAGACACACACAACACAUACAGGUCGCCACAGCUGGAACGCAAGGCGAGAGGACGAGAAUCACGAGCGUCCGGGGACAGCCGUCCCGAACGAUACCGGAAAACUGAACCGGCGUAAUUACUGGACAUCGCACCGCGCCGACACGUUAUCAGCAUCCGCUGCUUCGAGUCAAAUAACGUUCCACGCUCGUGGACACGAAUCGCGCGAUCGGUGGACCACGCGU